AUGGACGCGGCGACCUCACACUCCUCCGGGUCCUCCCCAGCUCUCUCGAAGGGUCCAAACCCAGUGUCCUCAAAGGCCGCUGCAAUACUGUCCACUUCCUACGCUGAUUCCGAGUUCCGAGAGGCAUUGGCUCUUCUAGAUGAGAAGCAAAUAAACAACCAGCCUCGCGUGCGGCGACAGGUGCGUCUGGAUCUUCAGAAGGAGAUGAUCGAGUGUAAUGGCGAGAUUAUCAAUGACUUUGGGCGUGUUGCCGAUCAAUUGCGUCGGGUACGCCACACCCUUAAUCAACUGAAUGAGACGUACGAUGAAAUGCGAGGGCCAAUAGCUACGUCGCAUACACAGACGACACCUGUGCUUCAGGAUGCUGCUGUGUUGAUACAGCAGCGAGAGGACGUUGCCACCAAACAACAGCUUCUUGCAGCGUUUUGUGGCCACUUCUUAUUUACCAAUGAUGAAAUCGCCACACUGACCUCGUCGGCAGAACCUGUGAACGAGGACUACUUUGCCGCAUUGGCCAGAGCCAAGAAAGUCAGUUCGGAUUGCGAGGCCCUGUUAGGCUUCGAGAACCAGAACCUUGGUUUGGAGAUCAUGGAACAGACCUCGAAGAACCUGAACCUGGCUUUCCAAAAACUAUACAAAUGGGUGCAGAAGGAGUUCAAAACGCUCAACCUUGAGAACCCACAACUGAAUACUUCGAUCCGCCGCGCGAUCCGGGUCCUUUCGGAAAGACCCUCGCUCUUCCAGGGAUGCCUCGACUAUUUUGCCGACGCUAGGCAUCGCAUUCUGUCUGAUGCGUUCCACACUGCUCUGACGGGUACGUCGAGUACUGGACAACAUGACAACACAGUGAAGCCCAUCGAAAUGGCCGCGCACGAUCCUCUGCGCUACGUUGGCGACAUGCUUGCGUGGGUUCACUCUGCCACAGUCGGUGAACGAGAAGCACUCGAAACUCUUUUUAUGGCGGACGUUGAUGAGAUCGCCAAAGGCCUGCAAACAGGCCGCGCAACAGAACUAUGGCAGCUUGUUGAUAAUACCGAAGACUCCGACAUGCAAGCUUUCGAUGGUCUCAAGGCCUUGAACGAGCUUGUUGAUCGAGACGUGUCAGCGGUAGCCAGGAUAUUGCGACAACGUGUCGAACAAGUCAUUCAAUCCAAUGAAGACACAAUUCUGUCCUAUAAGCUAGCGAAUCUUCUGGGCUUCUACCGCUUCACGUUCGCGAAGCUUUUGGGCGAUACUUCUGGGCUCUUGGACCUCUUGGCUGGCCUGGAGACCGAGGCGUUGAGACAGUUCAGAUCCUUGGUGCGUGAUCAUAUUGCUAGGUUGCAGGGGGAUUUUCAGCAGACGCCGUCGGAUUUGGGACCGCCAGAGUUUCUUCUCAAUGCGCUCGAGCAGCUGAAGACCAUCAUGCAAACGUACGAAACGUCCAUGACCGGCUCAACGGACCGUGAGAGCGACUUCCAACCUAUCUUGGCUGAAUCAUUCGAGCCAUUCAUCGCGGGCUGUGAAAGCAUGGCUAGGGGAGCAGGGUCUCUCCAAGGUGCCAUCUUCAUCGUGAACUGCUUGAUGGCAGCGAAGUCUUCAUUGCAGCCAUUUGACUUUACGCGGAAACGAGUGCGUGUGCUUGAGGAGAGGGUCGGGGAGGAGUCCAAAACACUUUUGGCGAGCCAAUAUCAGUUCCUUCGACAUGCCUCCGGGCUCGAGGAAAUGAUCAGCGCACUCGAGAAGCUAACGGCAGAUGCUGAAGGUGUCAAAAAACUGCGGCUGCUCGAACCAAUGCAACCUGACGCCUUGCGACGUGCUAGUCUAACGCUCGACGACUUCUUGCCAUCCGCGCUCAUAGACGCUGCAGACCAGGUCCAGCAUGUGCAAGAUUCUAACCUAGCUCGCGAAGUGACAGAAAAGGCUGCCUUGCGGUUCUGUCAAGAUUUCGAACAUAUUGAGGAGAUGCUCCUUGCAGCAGACUCUAUGGGCGACGUUGACGCAAGCUCAGCAGCAGAUGGGAUUGCCGAGUCACAGUCACUCCGGGCAUUAUUUCCCAGAACAACUGGAGAGAUCCAAGUCUUACUUUCGUAG